UGGCAAGUCACAAACUGCAGAAGAAACGGAACCUGGUAAGCAAAUGUCUAGAAAGGAAGCAGAACGUCGAAAAGGAAAAGCUACGGCUAAGUUGAUGAAACAGAAUAUAGCCAAAGAAAAAGCUCAGUAUGUAUCGGAAGAGCAGUAUGUAGAUGAAGAAGUAAAAGAAAAACCUGCUCUAAAACACAUGACACUAAAACAGACGCAAACAAAGUCAAAAUCGAAAGAGAAAAAUGAGAAAUCUCUUAUUCUGCUUGUACUAGUGAAGAAGUAAUUGAAGACGUAUUUGGUGCUACAAAAGUGCCGAAGAUGAGAAAAACGGAGCAUCGCAAAGUGAAUCAGAAUACUGAUGGAAAAGAUAAGGCAAUGGGGAUGAAGACAUUACUACAGAAAACAAAAGCAAUGAAGGAAAAGACUUAUACUUGUACACAUGUAGGAAAGGAUAGUAGAAAGACGGAAGUCAAUGAAGCGACAAAUAAAGCCAGCAAAGGAAAGCACCUGAGAGUAGAUUCAGGCUCAAGAAAAGAAACACACAAACUGGUAAACGAACCAAGAGAAAUGAAAGUAUCAUCAGAAAGGAAACAAGUAGCCACACCAUCUUCAUGCACCACUCAGGAAGACUCUGAAGAUGAAGAAUGGGAUUCAGAUGAUGAUAGGAGUGAGGAUGAAGAAGACAGAGACUCAGAACAAAGCUCAUCAAAUGAAGAGAAGGAAACAGAACAUGAUGACGGGUCUUCUUCUGCCACCAGUGAA